AUGCAACUUCAACUUCACAGCAAUACAGCCCCGAAUGAGGAUACGUGGGCGUUCAAACCGAUCGGGUCGCCAUUUCCGGACAAUCCUGUCAAAGUGCUGGGCCAGCAGAACAUGUACGUCGCACUGUGGUACAAGAACGGAAAGCCGGUGCACGGCUACGCAUGGAACGAUGCUGGCGUUGUACAAGCUUCAUUUCCGUACGGCAAGGCUGAGCUCACAGGGAAAGUAGAUCUUGGCGGCAUGAUUCAGGUGCUGCAGUACAACGGAGACCAUAACUCGCUCGGCUAUUGGUACGAGUGGAUCAAGUACAAGGACCGCUUCGAAAAGACCGAUGAACGUCAACUGGUUCGGUGCGGCGACUCGAUGCCCAUUCUAUGGGUUAAUCGUCCUGGUGGAACACUGCUCGGCACCUUGAACAUGAAGACGGAAGAAAACCGCUCUCGGAGAUGA